UUUGACAUUUGUGUUCGAUUUUCACCCGAGAUGUUUUAUUUGUUGUUGUUGUCCGAGUAGGAACCUGAAUCGAAACAAUUUCAACUCGUCCAAUUACUUGGAACAUAUUUCAGUGCGAAUUUAAACGCCGACACCCCAUUAAGAUGGCAAACGAUCGUGAGGUGCUGCGAAUAGUUUGGGAAGGCCAAAUUCCAGUUUGUUUUCAAGUGGAUCCAGAGGAAAUCGAUGGUGUCCAGCAACCCGAAAACUUCUACUUGAUGAUUUCUCGGUUGACUUAUUUGCCAUUGGUUACUGAUAAGGUACGGAAACACUUUUCUCGCUUCGUGUCGAAUGAACAUCAAGACGGCGAGGUGUGGUACGACUGCAAUGGGACUCCUCUGAAAUGGCACUAUCCGAUCGGGGUACUGUUCGAUCUGACAACAAGCAGAGAGGACAACGCAUUACCGUGGUGUCUGACAAUUCAUUUCACCAAGUUCCCAGAAGGCGUACUCAUUCGAUGUCCAAACAAGGAAAUCGUUGAAGCGCACUUCAUGUCUUGUUUGAAAGAAGCUGAUGUAUUGAAACACCGUGGUCAAGUUGUGUCGGCCAUGCAAAAGAAAGACCACAAUCAACUCUGGCUGGGAUUAGUGAAUGAUAAAUUCGACCAAUUCUGGGCCGUUAAUCGUCGUCUAAUGGAACCACUCGGUGACCAGGAUGGCUUCAAACACAUUCCGAUCAGAUCUUAUAAUGAGGAUGGUACAUACCUGCAGAAACUAAUUCCACCAACAAACGAGGCAGGUCAAAGAAGGACGGUACAGGACUUGCUCGAUGAUUUUGGGACACCUGACGUACGGAAAGCAGGUAGAUUUUCUAUUGCCGUUUACACACACGGUGUUGAAGUCCACAACGAAACACCUCUGCAAUGGCUAUCCGAACAUCUGAGCUAUCCGGACAAUUUUCUUCAUAUUUGUAUGGUGUAUGACUCGUCGUUUGCAUAAGGCUUCACAUGGAACAUCUUCGUGUAAUUUAUUCGUUUAAACAAUUUUUUAAAAAAUCAAAAUAUUUUAAGGAAAUAAAAUCGCUUGAAAAAUUAA